CACGAACCUCUCCAAGAUCUUCCUCCUCUUCCUGCGCUAGCUAGCCUGCCUAGCUAAUUCACUGCAUUGCUCUGCAUCAGCAGCAACUCGAUCGCCGGCCGUGACGAUGGCGAAGAAGAUCGCGCCGGCGGCCAACCUUAAGCAGAUCCUGAGGAGGUGCUCGAGCCUGGGGAGGAGGCAGCAGCAGCAGGGCGCCGUGCCGAGGGGACACUUCCCGGUGUACGUCGGCGAGAGCCGGCGCCGGUACGUGGUGCCCAUCGCCUGCCUGGAGCACCCGGACUUCCUGGUGCUGCUCCGGAAGGCCGAGGAGGAGUUCGGCUUCGAGCACGACGCCGUCAUCACGCUGCCCUGCCACGAGGCCGACUUCGAGGCGCUCCUCGCUGCCCUGACCGCCUGACGUCCGGUUCGACGAGACGGUUGCUCGAUCAACUACCCACCGGCCGGUGGCCGCCUCCGGCGCACUGCAUGCGCCCUGCCGGAGCCGCAGAACACACGGAAAUGCACGCGCCAAUUUGGUUGGCGGGCACGGCCGGGGAGAGGCUCUGCUUCGGCUGCGUGCCAGCCCGGCCGGCCGGUGGUUCUGGGCUUCUGGCUCGUGGGAUUCUUCGAUUCUUGCCAGCUGAUGCAAGCAAAAUCGCUGCUUUUGCUGCUAGCCUAGUGUACGUACGUGCGGAUGUAUAUACUGCCGAGACGGAUUUAUUGAUUUGUUGUUUCUCGAAUUGUUUUGAUCAAUGAAGGAGAACAUUGCUCAC